AUGCAAGAGGUGGGGGAGCCCUGGCGCACACCCAAGGUGGCGGUGAGGACAGCCGCGCCAAGGACGCUGUGGGUGACGCGGUACAUGGCGACCAGAGCAGCCAGCAUUACCGCACCACACCCCAGACGCCGUAACACGCCCAUCAGUGUAGCACGCGGGACACGGUCGUACGCCUGUUUCCGAGCCAGGUCCGCCGCGUACAAGCUCAUCCAACUCAACACCAAGUAUGAAUUCCUACAAAAGUCUCGCGUGUGCAUCGACCUGUGCGCGGCGCCUAGCUCGUGGAUGCAGGUGGCCAAGAAGCACAUGCCGGUGUCGUCCAUCAUCGCGGGUGUGGAUCUCUUCCCCAUCAACCCCAUACCAGGGACGCUCUCCAUUGUGGGCGACAUCACCACAGAGAAGGUGCGCCAGGAACUGAAGUCCACGCUCAAGACAUGGAAGGCUGACCUGGUGCUUCAUGAUGUCGCGCUGGCCAGAAGACUUAUGGUACUGUAUAACUUUCUCAGGAGCUAG